AUGAAAAUCAGCCUUACUCUCACAAUUUUGAUACAACUUUGUGUCAAUGAAGGAACACAGAAAUUCUUCCCGUAUGGACUGACAACAAGAGAUUCAACCGUUUUGAAAGCAGAUGAUCACUAUGAUACCUUGAACAUCAGUGACAAUUUUCCCUUCUUUGGUAAAACCUUUGCUCAGAUUCACAUAAGCACAAAUGGAAUUAUUUUUUUCGGACAAGGUAGCACUCAAUACGUGCCAACUCUUUUUCCAAUUAACGGUACACUAUCGGUUGCAGCAUACUGGGUUGACAGUGAUCCAAGAAUGGGUGGUGAUAUUUAUUACAGAGAAGAAUUUGAUCCUGCUAUAUUGAAUCAAAUAAAUAGAUUUAUAAAAAGUAAAUUUGUUCAGUUUAAUACGUUCACGAGCUCAUGGUCACUUAUUGUAACGUUUAGCAACGUCUCUAGAUAUGGUUGUCAAGGAAGUGCCGAAUAUCCAUGUCAAAACGUAGUCAACCAUCAAACCAUCCUAACUAGCAACGGCAUACAUUCGUUUGUAAUCUUCCUUUACGACAGACUGGAAUAUUCAAAUGCUCAGAUUGGAUUCAAUGCCGGUGAUGGAAAAAGAUUUUACCAGGUUGAUUACUCUAAUACGGUUAAUAUAUCAAAAUACGCUUUAGAAAAUAGUAAUGUUGGUUCUCCAGGUGAAUGGCUGUUUUCAAUAAGUGAUGAAAUUGCCUCUGCAUGCAAUUCAUUGGGAAUGCUGGAAAUUUAUCCUAAGAAGGUGCUUUAUUACGGACAGCAAGAGUUGUUCAUAAGUGGACCUUGUUUCGACAAAACAUUAUAUGAAAUUGAUGUUAACUUUGGUAAUAAAAAAAUCAAAUGUCGAAGAGAACAAAAUAAAUUCAAAUGUUUGACUCCGUAUUUUGAUAUACGAAUUCCAGUCGUAUUAAACUAUAAAGAAAAAGAAUACAAAGGUUUUAUUCUCUCAUACGAUGCAGGGGAUUCACUAGUGCAAAAUGCCACGUACAUCGCGCUGAACGCAAAAGAUGGCAAGUAUAUCAAUUUAGAAUGGGACUAA